AUGUGCGGCGUGGUGCAGUCCGUCGUGCAGCAGCUGCAGAUGAUGAUGCAGCUCCAGGGCACCGCCGCCGCCAGCAGCCUGUACCAGCCAGCUCUGAUGCAGCAAUGGCAGCAGCUGCUGCCGGCGGCCCAGGCCCUCACCCCCAUGGCCAUGGUGGUGGCGCAGGUUGCGCAGAACAUGCCGGCCAUGUGUGGACUCUACCAGCUGCCCAGCUACUGCACCACCCCCUGUGCCGUCUCCGCUGCCAUUCCGCCCUACUAUUGA